AUGCUGAGCAUGGAGAUGUUCCCUGGUUUGGCUCUGGGACCACAAAGGAUUGGAGACUGCUUUUACAGAGAGCGGGAGGCACCUGUGCACAUACCGCUGUUUCCACCUGCAUCCGAGGUGGCUGCCAAAGCUCUGCCACGGAGGCUGCUGGCCCCUCCACCAAGUGUUCCUGUCUCCAACGAGUCUGCAUCUGCAACCCAGAAAGAUGAAGUCAAGAUGGAGCUGGAGAACUCAUCUUUAUGGAAGCAGUUCAGCUCAGUGGGGACAGAGAUGAUCAUCACAAAGAAGGGCAGACGGAUGUUUCCUGGUUUGAAGUUGAAGCUGUCAGGCCUGAAUCCAUCUCUCCGUUACAUUCUCCUCCUGGAUAUUGUUCCUCUGGACAACUCCCGUUAUCGUUUCCAAGGUGGCGGGUGGCAAGCUGUUGGAGCUGCAGAGGCGAGGCUACCAGACCGGGUGUUCAUCCACCCAGACUCUCCUGCCACGGGCGCCCACUGGCAGAGCCGCACCAUCUCAUUUCACUACGCCAAGCUCACAAACAACACCCUGGACACACAGGGACAUAUCAUCCUACACUCUCUGCAUCGAUACCAGCCCAGAGUUCAUGUGAUAGAAGCCCGGGAUGUGUUGAGGUGGGGUGGAGGACAGCACUCCUUCGUUUUCCCUGAGACCCAGUUCAUCACUGUCACAGCCUAUCAGAACAGCAAGAUCACAGAGCUUAAGAUCAACUCUAACCCCUUUGCUAAGGGCUUCCGAGAGGAUGGCAUGAACAGCAAAAGACAAAGAGAUGCAAGACAGAAACGCAAAAUAGCUGUCUUGACAGAAACUUUGGAUAUAGUGAACUGUGAUCCAUGCGACUCCACUGAGCUCCUGCCGCAGCCCCCAGCCUCUGGUGCAGACCUGCAGGCCCUCGCUCUCGCCUCUCUGCCUGCACUGCCUGACCCCUCUUGUGGGUUCAGACCAGAGGAGACCUCUUAUCAGGACACUCUGGUUCCAGAGCAGUCGCUGGACCUCAGCCAGGAGUUUAUGGCAUCCCAGAUGUCUGACAUCAACAUCACAUUGGCCAAUGGCAUACGAGACCCAACAGGAAGUGAGAAGGCAAAUAGUAUGACUGAAAGAUCAGACAUAAUGCCUGAACCAUCCUACAACUCCAGCUUCCCUGCAGCUCAAGCCAACUCCUCCUCUUUCCCCUCAGCUCCUCUUCCUCAGUCAUCCUCCUCCUUCUCCUCCCUUCCGACUACCGACUCCUCAGAUACAUCCGAUCAUCAGCCCUUAAUCUCUCCUAUCAAUUAUCCCUCUCUUCUCUCAUCCUCCUCAACGCUGUCUACCGCUUCCAACACUCCCUCACUGCAGCAGACCUCCUUUACCUUCCCCACUCCACCUCCUUCCAGCUCCUCCUCCCCACAGUCACUCCUUUCAUCCUCUUCCUCCUCCACCACCUCAAACAACUACCACACUGUCCCAGAGACCAUCAGCCCCCAUGCUUCUGCUGAUGCCUCUUUUCAUGCCUCACCUUCCACAUGCCAGUCAGGUCUACAGGGCCAAGUAUCUGUUCAUUCUCUGCUCACCCAACCCAGCCAGCAGCUACAGGCUGAACUUAUCACCACUGAAAGUAAUUCAACCGGUGAUCAAAGUUCAGGAGCAUUUCUGUAUCCAAAUAUUGUGCCAACAAAUCCCAGUCCUGCUCUGAGUACUGUUCAGCCUCUCCCCAGUCAAAACCCACCACCAGCUCUGUCUUGCUCCCUACCCAUGCAUGGUUCUUCCACAUAUUUUGCUCCUCCACCUGCUCCUCCACAAAGGCAACAUCUGCCAUUUUCCAAUAUGUCUCCCAGCCCUGGCCACCCUGCCCUGCACCUCCCAAACCUGAGCCACCAAGCCCAAGCUCCCUCCUUUGCUGCUGCUGCCUUCCCUCCCUCCUCUUUCACUUACCCACCAUCCACCCUUCCUCAUCCUCCUUUUCAGCCCUCCUCUUGCUUGGCUGUCGCCUCUUCUUUCCAGCAGUCUGUCACCCCUGCUGCCCCACUGCCACCAGCAGCACCCAAUCCCUCUACGUCCUCUUCCACAUAUCCUGCUGUUGAAAUCAGUGCCAUUCCUCCAUUCAAUCCUGCUCCACCUUAUCAUCCAGAGAUGGUACGGCACCACCCAUCUCUUCUCCCUCAGCUGGAUCCAUCAAUUCACUCCUCCACCCCUCCCUCAGCCCUCUACCCUGCCUUUAAAUCCUACCCUCUUCGGCUGUGUCAGGACCCUCACCCCUCCCUCUCAGUCCCAUUCAGGCACCUGUACAGACAACAACAUGGCCACUCGCUCUCACAGGGGUCCUACCUGGAUAUGAGCACAAGAACAGUGUUUUGA